GCCGGGAGCCCCUCGGGCCUGGGGGCGGGUGCUCGGGGGAGGGUCCGCCGCGCCAGUCGCCGCCGCCCAGAUCGCCACAGGCGGCGUCCUCCCGCCGCGCCUCCCCCGUCCCUCACCUUCGGGUCGCCGCGAUCUCCCCCGCGCUCGUGUCCCCUCCCGCGUAGUGCUUGCCUUUGUUCCAGGAAUAGCGCUCCAGGUUCCCGCUGCUGCCGCCGGGAGCGGCCUGGCUCUGGAGCGGCCGCCGCCCUCUCCCUCUCGGGCCAGCCCGGCCCCUCCCCUGCACACUUGGACUCGGUCGUGCGCUCCAGCUGCAAGCCGGGCUCCUGUUACACACCGGACAGACCACCCUCAGCCCGGCCGCUGCCAACCGCCCGCCCUCUGCCAGACUCCCAGGCCCGCAUGCAGGUGCCCAGAGACCUGCGCUGCCGCUGCCGCCGCCACCGCCACCGCCACCGCCACCGCCAUCCACCGCAUCCCGCCUACAGCCUGCAGCCUUCAGCGGUCUGGACUCGCCCGGGAGGUGUCUGAGCUGGCCACAGCCUCUGGACAAUGCUUCCAACAGCUCGCCACCGCCCUGGAGGGGCCGGCCAGCCUUUCACCUUCGGCGGGACUCAGUCCCUCCCUCCUCCCAGAGACAUCUUCUGCUCCUGCCAGGUGGCCGCCAGGUCCCAGGGGUGCCUGGCAGCCAAAUCGAGUCACUCAUUGUCUCCUGUGGACCUGUUCGUUUCGCCCGGCAUCCACUUCUCUUCUGAAUGUGCAGCUGUCUCUCUGAUGUGUGCCUUUUGUUCCACACAGUAACCCCUGCACUCUGCCCAGCUCUUCUACACUACCUGGACAAACGUCUUUUCCUUAUUUUCAAUAAAUGUCAGACGCUGUUCAAAAAGAAA